CAAUUAUUAUAAGUUAAAUUAUUAGAUAUUUACAUGUCAUAUUUACAAUUCUACGAAAACAAUAGAAAUACUAGAAUUACUAUAAUUAGCAAUGAAAGCUCUUAUUCAACGUGUACUAAAUGCCAACGUUACAGUUAAUGGGGAGCUAGUUAGUAAUAUUGGACAAGGAUUAUGCAUCUUUAUAGGUAUCUCAAAUACUGAUACUGCUAAGGAUAUGGAGUUUAUGGCCCGUAAAUUACUUUCUUUAAAAUUAUUUAAUGAUGAAACAGACAAGAGGUGGAAAAGAAAUGUUGUGGAUGCAGAUUUAGAAUUGUUAUGUGUUAGCCAGUUUACCUUAUAUAAUACAUGGAAGGGAAAUAAGCCAGACUUCCACCUCGCUAUGCCAGGAGAUAAAUCAAAGGAGUUUUAUGAACAGUUUUUAGAAUUGUUAAGAAAUCAAUAUAAACCUGACAAGGUUAAAGAUGGCGUUUUCGGAGCGUAUAUGCAAGUAUCGAUUCAAAAUGAUGGACCUGUUACUUUAGAAAUUGAAUCCCCUCCCAUAAGUGAAAAGUCAAAGACAAAGGACAAACCUAAACAAGCUAUAAGUGAAAUAGAAAGUGAUGAAAGAUAGAACUCAGAAGUUAUUUAGUUCUUUAUUGUUAAUAAAAUAUACAAAUCCUGAUAAGAUUUACUAAUAGGAGUCUUUCAGAUCUAAACCCUUGUAACAGGCAUGAUAUAAAAAUCUACCCUAUUGUAGUAUAAAAUUGUUUUGUUUUAGUGUCUUCAUAAAAACUCUUAUUUACCUUUUUUCUCAGUGAUAUAUUACUAUGGAGAAUACCUAUUAGACUAUCAAUGAAUGUCCUUAAAGUAUUAUUUUCUUGGA